CUGCGCCCCACGAAACCGAACAAGCCAUGUCCGUCCUCUUCUUGACUUAGUGUCUGUCCUGCCCUUGAACCAACACACGAUUUUUAUUGUUUUUUUCUUCUUCGAGACAAUUGUUUAUGUCAUAGCUUCGAAGAAAUUUCCAUCCAAAGUUAGCUGGAUUCUACCAUUUACUGGUCACUUGAGUUAUAAUGGUCCGCCAGCUCCCCCCGAAGCCGCUGAUUUCUGCUGGUCCGACUUCUGCGCCGCCGCAGAGGUAUUUGGGGGAAACUGUCGUUGUUAAUCAUUAUACGGGGACCGAUAAAUUGAUUCCUGCGAUUCCAGGAUUCAGGACAAGUGCGGCUUUCCUGACCUCCCUCAGCGCCAACCUCCGUAUCACCGACGACGAUCUCAUGCCCUCGCCUAUGGGAACACCCACAACUUUCCGCGGCAGCAGCUCCCACUACCCACUCCCCCCCCCGUCCCCUCUUUCCUUCUCCGCCGUCACCUCCACACACAACCCUUAUCCAUCACCCGCUCAAACCGAAAUCAUGUCGCCGACCCAAUCCAUCCACGAGCAGGCUCCCAAAAUUCCCACCGACGGCCUGCCCGAGCUGAAAACCUACACCGCCGAAUCCGAGGACGACAGAGUAGAAGGACUGCGCUUAGUUGCGGAUUCAGUGGCACAGCAGCGACAGAUUGCGAGCAAGAUGUUAAUUUUGCAUCCCGUGAACCUCGCGCUCUAUUUUCUCGUUCUCGCUGUUUUAACACAGUACAUGUACAAAGACUUCGACGACAUCUUAGUCCUUGGGACUACCAUUGGGGGCAUCACGAUGACCUGUCUCAUAGCCGUGCGCAUGGCGACCGGAGGCUAUCUUUCCCUCGCUGAGGACGUCAAUUGGGAUUGGCUUGGAGACGACAGGCUGAUUGUUGUAAAGUGGGGUGAGGAGAUUAUUGGAGCGUUGGUGCUGGGCUGGGCGGAUGACGGGGCCAAGAAGAAGGGCGGGAGACGGCGCAGGGGGAAAGCGCUUGUGAGGGCUUGGACCGUUAAGUUGAAGUAUAGAGGGAAAGGCGUGGGCGAGGGACUGCUGGAGGAAGCAGUCAAGGUUGCGGGCGAGAAGGGGGCGGAUGGAAUUAUCUUUGAUAGGGAUCAUGCCAAUUCGAAGCGGAUUCUUCCGAGACUCUACAAUAGCUUUUUGGAUAAGAGGGAAGCGAGGGCGGAGACAGCACUAGAGAAAGUCGCAGAUGAGAAGGGCAAUUUCAGGCAACGGAGGUCAUCUCCAACGUGGGGAAGCAGAUAGGAAAAUCCACAAACGGUCUUGAAUUACAGUCAACUAU